CUUGAUUUUGAGGUCUGAUCUCUGCUGAGCUAUAUACACACACCCCCUAGGUGGUUGCAGCUUGGAAGCUGCAGCUGCACUCCCACCCCUCCUGUGCAGCAGGGAGUGACUGCUGAGGGAGAAACACUGCAUUUAACUACAGCGGAGUCUCUGAGAGAGAGAGAGAGAGAGAGAGAGAGAGAGAGAGAGAGAGAGAGAGCGAGAGAGAGCAAGAGAGAGAGUUACAGAAGCAGCUCUCAACUGAGGAGGAACGCACACCGCCAAUCACCCACACAGAGGGGAAGCAUUCCAGUAAAGUGAAGUAAAAUACUUCAAGAGAAACAGCAAACCUCGGCACUGCUGCUAUCCUUCGGGGGGCUGAAAUAGGAUUUGAAGUGUCUGACAUUUAUUUUUUGGGCAAGAAAAAGAAGGAGCAGCCUUGUUUCUUUUUUUAAGCUGUAUUUUGGCUGUGUAAAGGCACUGAUCAGUAAUUAAUCUGGAGUUUCUUUGCAGUGCCUCUUUCACAGAGGCUGCUGUCUGGCUAAUCCCAGCGUCUCUCUGCUCACUUGCCUCACACUGCUGCCAGUAGCCAAGCCUCUGCUCUCCCUCGGCGCUCUGAAGAGCUCAGCUGUGUUCCAAUUGAAACCUCUGCUGGUGACCCCGAGGGGUACAAAGGUCAGCUCUGUGGGUCCGGAGGCGGCCCUUUCCAGCUGUGCCUCUAUUUGUGGGAUCUCGAUAGACAGGGAGAAUCGUUUCCGCAAGGGGCUUGGGAACAGUCCAGAGCUGUGCACUGGUUUUUGGGAAAGGGUGCUGCAGUAAAGAGGCCUGCCGUGAGUCAGUUGCUGUGUUGACUGAGCUGGGAGAGUGACUUCAAGUGACUGUCAUUGCUUCAGGAUACCAGCAACAGGACCAACUUCAAAACUUCAAAACUUGUUCUUGUUGUGCUGUUUCCCUGGUCUGUUUGGAGAGACAUGUGCUGGAACGGUGUGCUCCGAGGAGGGAGGCAGCAGUGGAGCUGUGGAAAGACCCUGCUGCUGGCUCAGGUGCUGCUUCUGUCCAGUGUGGGACUCCCUCUCACCUCCGCAUGGAGGCCCUCCCAGCCCAGACUGCGCUUCACCUUUACAGAGCUGGUGCGCAAUGGCAGGAUGGUGCCUCUGCCCUUCAGUGCUGGGGAUUUGCACUCCAUCAUCGUGGACGAAGACAGCAGGAAGCUGUACGCUGCCACCAAGGACCACCUGGUGUCCACAAAUCUGGACAACAUCAGCCACGGGCUCAAGAAGCUCUACUGGCCAGCAACUUCUGACCGCAUUGAGGAGUGUAAGAUGGCAGGGAAAGAUCCAGAGCUGGACUGUGCCAAUUUCCUGCGGGUCCUCCACCUCUAUAACCAGACUCACCUGUAUGUGUGCGGGACGGGAGCCUUCCACCCGCGCUGUGCCUACAUCCACACUGCCCUCUUCGACCGGAGCGAGAGGCUGGUCCUGGGCCCAGGACAGACGGAGUGUGGAAAGGGGAAGUGCCCGUACGACCCGCGACAGAGGACAGCCACCGACAUGACCGACGGAGAGCUCUACGCUGGUAUUUCCUCGGAUUUCAUGAGCAGGGACACAGCGUUCUUCCGGAGUCUGGGAGCUCGUCAUGUGAUCCGCACAGAGCAGUACGAUUCCAAGUGGCUGCAGGACCCCAAGUUCGUGAAGGUGGCGCCCGUCUCGGAGAGCGAUAACCAGGAGGACGACAAGGUGUAUGUGUUCUUCACGGAGCGCGCUCAGGAGGCAGAGAGCGGCGGUGGCAAGGUGGUGUACUCCCGCGUGGCACGCGUCUGCAAGAACGACAUCGGCGGGCAGCGCAGCCUGGUGAAUAAGUGGAGCACGUUUCUCAAAGCGCGCCUGGUGUGCUCCAUCCCCGGGGCGGAGGGGAUCCAGACGCACUUCGACGAGCUCCAGGAUGUCUUCAUUCUUCACGGGAAAAACAAGAAGAAUCCAUUGAUCUACGGGCUUUUCACAACAUCCAGCAAUGUGCUGAACGGCUCGGCGGUGUGUGUGUAUAAAAUGGAGGACAUCGUGACAGUGUUUAAAGGGCAUUUCUCACACAAGGAGGGUCCAGAGUACAAGUGGGUGGAGUACACGGGCAGAGUGCCUUUCCCACGGCCCGGCACAUGCCCCAGCAGCACAUACGGGAACUACAGGUCGACUCGUGAAUACCCAGACGACGUCAUCUUCUUCAGCCGCACGCACCCGCUGAUGUUUGACGCCGUGUAUCCUGUGAAUCGGCGCCCUCUGCUGGUCAGGAUAGGGGUGGACUACAAGUUCUCCAGGCUGACCGUGGACCGCGUGGAGGCCGUGGAUGGGCAGUAUGACAUCAUGUUCAUAGGAACAGAUACGGGCGUGGUGCUGAAAUCCAUCUAUCUGACAAAAGGACUCCAGGAAGCUCAGGAGAUCACCCUGGAGGAACUGGAGGUCUUCCAGGACAAAUCUGCAAUCACUUCGAUGGCUCUGUCCCAGAAAAGGCAGUGGCUGUACGUGGGUUCAAGGGGCGGGCUGGCCCAGCUGUCUCUAUACCAGUGUGAACUGUACGGGAAGGCUUGUGCGGAGUGCUGCCUGGCUCGGGACCCCUACUGCACCUGGGACGGGACGUCCUGCAGCCCCUUCAUCCCCAUCGCCCGCAGACGGAACGCCAGACAGGCUGGGGGGAGUGGAAACCCACUGGUGCAGUGCUACAGCCAAGGAGCUGCCAUGCAGGUGAAGCCGGAGGAGAAGGUGAUGGUGGUGGCAGAGGGAAACGGCACCUUCCUGGAGUGUCUGCCGAAGUCACGGCACGCCACGGUCACCUGGCUGCGCAAGGGCAACCAAACCAACCAGGAGCUGGAGAAGGUGACGGCAGGAGAGCAGCUAGUCCUGAUUGAGCAGGGGAUUCUGAUCCGCCGGGCUGAACCAGCCCACUCAGGAACCUAUUACUGCCAGCUGGAGGAGCACGGCUUCCGCUGGACCGCGCUGAGGGUGCAGCUGAGCGUGAUGAGCCCUGAGCGAGAGGGGGCCGCCUGGGAGCACCCCCCCUCCCCCAUGAGCCACGGCCAGCAGCCCUGGUACCGGGACAUCAUGACCCUCAUCAACUACCCCUCCAAGAUGGACGACUACUGCGAGCAGGUGUGGCGCAGGGAGACCAAGAAGAGAAAGAAGGAGAAGACCCGCCCGGGGUCCAUCCGAGGGAGCAGCAACGAGAAGCUCAAGCCAGGGACGCCGGGAGGGAGGAAGAACCGAAGCAAAGUGCAGCCCAAGUCCCUGAGAUCGCCCCGCAGCACCUAGCAGCAUCAGCGGCGGUAUGAGUGCCAGUGACGCUGCCUCCUGAUAGUCAGGAAUUCAAUAGAAACAUUCUCCUGCUGCAAAACACAUGCUUCUCCAGGAGACAGCAAUGGAGCACAGCAUGCAGACUGCUCUAUAAGUAGGGGGUCAGUUACUCCCCCCCCCCCCCCCCUUUACUUUUUAAUUUAUUUUGUAAGCUUUUUUAUUGGUAUUAUUAUUGUUUUAACGCGACCACUGCUGUGCUUUGUGUCAUCCAGUGGCUGAUCAGCACAAGGUGGAAUGAGAACACUGAUUCAGCCCGCUUCAGCUGACUCACUCAAUAAGGGGUUAAGAGAAAGCUUGCACUAGUAUCACAUUUCAGAUGUGUCAGUGGCUCCAAACACAAGGAGAACAGCAAUUGCUUUUGAUUGCUGAGGCUAGUGGUGUAUUGGGUCUGGGGGUUGCACCUUUCAGCUGCAGUGAAAGAUUAACUACGAUGUAGCGAAGCAUGGCAGAAGAAUAGACAAGUGUAGAAAAGCAUGGUAAAGUGUGGUUGAGCAUUGGUACAAAACAUGAUGAAGAAGCUAGAUGGAGAAUGUAUCAAAGUUCUCAGCAAACAAAAUGACAAAUUAUAUAUAUAUAUAUAUAUAUAUAUAUAUAUAUAUAUAUAUAUAUAUAUAUAUGCAGUAAGGAUCAGUUAUCAGUUAAAUUAUUGGUUGGAGUAGUUUCUUGCUAGUUGUAUUCCCUUAGCAAUUAUCUUAUUUGCUUUUGCACUUCCUUCAAAAUAGAACCUUUAUAGUUUUUUUUUUUUUUUUACAUUUAGUACGAGUUGAUUUGCAAAUACUUUAAGAAUCAGAUCAGAUUGUAUUUACCCAGGUACCACGAAUGCCUGAGACAGAAAACCGUUCUGGAAUUAAAGAGAAAUCUGGAAGACAUUUGGCCUCGCAAUCAGCGACAGUAAAACAGUGUUGAUAUGUUUCGUUAUUGUUGUAUAUAUUGUAUUUAUUACCCCAUUCGUAUAUUAGAUUUGAUUACAUCUGCUGUUAAAUUAUAAAAGAUUUGUGCUGUAAUCUAUGUUUCUUAUGCAGUUGCUAAUUCAUUUCAGGCUUGUGUUUUUCAGGAAUAUUAUCAUGGAUUUCUCUGAUGUCAGUUCUGCUCAUUUCAAUUCUACUAUCUGUUUGUGCCACUGGCAGUUCGGCUAGAAGUGGUACAGUUAUCAUUAGAAAAGCUGUUUCACAGAUGCUGAACUGGAAGCAUUCCUCAUGGUACUCAAUCACAUGACAAGACAACAAUAACGCUGAAAAUCUGACAAUCACUACGCAGCAGAUUGAUUUUCUCUUACUAGUAAAGUAAACUAGAGCAUGUGAUCAUCAGGAUCCUCCUCACACCAACUUCUAUAAAGCUUACUGCAGCAUGCUUCGUAAUGGUAAAAGCACAGCACAGCACAGCACAGCACAGCACAGCACAUUAAACCACAGAACAGAAAAUACAAAGUUAUAAGCAUGGGAACCUGAAACAUUUGCACUAUAAAGAUUUGGAAAGGCACAUGAAUAGAACAGAGUUCUAUACAAGAUACUGGAAUUCUGCAGCAAGUCAAUAAAGCUGCUAUACUGUGGAAGGGGCUAUAUUAAAAAACAAAAUGUAGUCUUUUUUAUCAAUAUAUAAGAAGUUGGGUCAUUGCUGAAGGUAGAAAGUAACCCAGGCUUGCACAGUAUUGCUGUUAGGAGACGCAUUCAGAUUUAGAUCCCAACUGGAUCAAAUUCCCAGUUUUCUCCCCCAGUUAUAAUGGCAUUAACACAACAUGGUUUAAAUCACUGCGCUCUACCUCAGAUUUGACUUGUGCCUGACAGUCCAAGCUAGCACUAAUCAGGCUUUCUGGAGAUGCGAGCACUGUGAGUAAUCCACAGCUCUGAUCUGGAAUCAAUGUAGUAACAGUAAACAAGGCUCCCUGAAGGAAGCAGGCCAGCAGAUCAAAGGGUUCCUCCCAGCCCGCCGCUCCCACAUGGGAAGAGGCUUGGGUUCAGAGCAGAUGCUCGCUUGAUUUGAUGCGGUGGCUGAGUGGCAAGGUGCCUGGAACCGCAGAACAGUGGAAUUGGGUGCCAGCAACCCUGCUGAAAAUCACUCCAGGCUGGACACGGAGUGCAAAGCUAGCGUGCUUGCCUUUGAAGGGGGGGGGGGCUGCUCAGCUGGCUGCAAUGUGUUCUGGGGGUCCCAUCCAAGAGGCACAUUUUCUGCAGCCUACAGCUUGCUUCGAGCUGCUUUGUAUUGACACAUUUCCUCUUUUCUCAGUUCCUGUCCAUCUUUUUCUUUCCACGAACGGGGGUUAUUGUAAAGUCAGCAUGCAGCUUUUGCAAUGCUAACCGAUUAUGAAGGAUGCCGACCGACCAAGGCCCGCUGCGUGUCCCUGUGCACAUGAUGCCUUCCAGGUUCACUUGACAAGGGAACCCUUCCUUGAGUCUAAUAAGGGUCCACAGUAAAAUCACUCCCAGGCUUUAUUACCCGCAGUGGCGGCAGCCCUAGAUUAAAUCAGAAUGACCGAGUAAUUUCUUACAGCUACAUAACGGCGCAGUUAUUAUAAAUAAUCGUGUUGCAUCAAGUUUCUGAAUGGCCUCCGUUUCAGGCAGCCUUUCUUCCAUUACCCUGUCCACUGCGCUUCUUAAACCACUGUCACGCUCGAUUAUACGGGCUGGUGAGACCUCAUGAGUUGCAUUAGCAGUUGACUCAUUGUUUAAGAAUCCGGUGAGGUCAGUGGAAAAGCCUGAUUGCCUGUCCCAGAACCUGCCACCUCCCAAGUCCUGCCACUUACACUGAGAUUCCUGUUUGUUCAUUGCACUGCUUGUGAGUUCCAGGCAGUUUGAUUUCUCUGGUAACAACGGCAUUGUGUGAAUCCAAACCCUCAAAAGGACAGGGGUGCGGGUAUCCUUUCCAGACCUCUACAGUAGACUGCAUCCCUUCCCCUUCUUUAUUUUUGUCAUCUUAAGUCGGUUUCCUUUGAGGCGGCUUUAAGAUGUUCAGAAAAUGAAGGGUCUUGGUCAAAAACACAGAUCCUACCUGAAUAUACUUUUGAACUUUGGAAUACACAGCAGAAUAAGCCACGCUGGUCCACGUGCAAGUUGUACAACAAAGAGUCACCUGGAUAUCUGAAUAUUUAUAUAAAAUACACUAGCAUUCAGGACCACGAAGGUCUCUUCUUCAGGUGAGAAGAGAACUUCCUCCCAGCAUCAGAAAGACAAUCAGAAACUGAACUGGCCUGUGUGAUGAACUAUCUUCACUUACAGUUUUCACUUCUCUGCUGAAUUCCUGAAUUAGUGGCCUCUGUGGUCUUGGAAGCAAAUGUAUUUUACAAACCUAUUCACUAUGGUGCUGAUUCAGUGGGAAGCGAUUCACUAAUAUCACAAUAUGACACAUGUCACGGUAUGCAUCACGAUACAUGUGACAGUCCUGACGGGUUACUCACACGCAUAAUAAGAUCAAAUGAUCAUUUAAUGAUGGAUUCUUUUGUCAAAAGACAAAAAUGUACUGAGUUAAGAAGAAUAUGCAUUAAUUGCAACUACAGUAUAAAACACACUUCUUCAUUCAAGAAACAUUUGGUGAACUACAAUGAGCUACGAUACAUACCUCUACUGCGAUACGAUAUGUCAUGCAUUUAAUUGUCACACCCCUAGUGCUGGUGACUGCUGGAUUAAUGUUUGAAGCAUUAUAGGUAGCAAUGUAGAGUUUGAAGAAGGUACUGGUAGGUUUCACAACACUUUGUACAUGUUUAAACUAUGCUGCCAGGUGGUAUGCAGAGGUAGAAACAUGAACAUUCCUUUCAUAGAAGGGCCCAGUGAUAGCGGAUCUAGUGUUGACAUUCUGUUCUUGUUACAAAAGAAGCAGAUGUUUGGAGAGUGACAAGCAAAGACCACGUCUGCAAAGUGGAACUCCUGCACUUCUCAGACAUUGCUUAACACGGGAAUGCGUUUUCAGUGCUAGUUAAAAUACGACGGAAAUCAUUUAAAACUCCCAAUGCUACUGAAGCAGUUUGACCUCAUUUACGUCCUGUAAAUGUAAUCGACACAUCUACUAUCAGAAAGCGAUGGAUGACUUCCUUCAUAAUAAUAUGAGAAUAAUAUGAAUAAUAAUAUGUUGACAGCAUGGGUACGUCUAUUAAGUUAAUAUUUUGUGUAUUUAAUUUCUUUUGUUUUUGUAAUGUAAAUUGAUAUGUUUUUUGGAACUGUGUAUAUAUUUUGUAUGUCUGUUAUUUUGAAGGAUGUUGUUUGUUUUUACUCCCUUAUAAUAAAAUGCUUCCCUUUGCGCAUCAA